UACCAUCACUGAAUUGUGUAAUUUUUUCAAACAAUUGUGCUCUAGGACACUGAACGUUUCUGAUAUGGAGAAAGCUAAGGAUGACUUGAUUGUUAUUUUAUGCAAGAUGGAGUUGAUUUUCCCUCCAGCAUUCUUUGACAUAAUGAUCCAUUUGGAUUUGCACUUGCCUGAUGAAGCAAUAUUGGGAGGACCUGUAUUUAUGAGGUGGAUGUAUCCUUUUGAAAGAUACAUGAAAAAAUUAAAAAACUAUGUCAGGAAUAAAGCUCGUCCUGAAGGAUCUAUAGCAGAAGGAUAUGUUGCAGAUGAGGCUUUGACAUUUUGUUCAAUGUAUUUCAAAGGUGUGGAAACAAAAUUUAAUCAGCCUGAUCGUAACGAAGAUGCACCGUAUGUGAAUCGACACCUCACAGUGUUUGAAUCUCAAUGUCGUCCUCUUAGUAAGGGAAUUCCCGUGCCCCUCGAUGAAAAUACUCGGAAUAAAGCUGAGUGGUUCAUAUUGGAUAAUUCUCCAGAAACUGAAGUGUAUUUAGAGGAACACCUAACUGAGGUGCAACAAAGAGAUAUGGCUGCCAAUCAUAAAUUGAUACAUAAGAAAGAGUUUCGUUCAUGGUUUCAUAAGAAGGUAACUUGUACUUAGCAAAUUGCAUACUACAAAUUACAUUCUCAUUCUAAUAUAUUUCU